AUGUUAAUGUUUGCUUGCCAGUGCUGGUUGGCUUCCCAUGAUUUUGUCUCUAGCUCUGUUGGGGAAGGCUGUUGGAAAAAAGCCUGUUGGAAAAAAGCGUUGUCUAUGUGGCAAGUGUGUUUUCUUCCUACAGCAUAAUGUACUUGGAGAAGUCCCUUGUCUCUGAAAAUUUGUCCCUAUGGAAGUGGAUAAUACUUAUCCAUUAGUUAAAAAAUCUAUUACAAAGAAAACCAAACACAGUACAAUUUUUAAGAGAUUAAAAGAUGCACACUAUAUAAAAUAGGAAUCCAAUUUACACGUGUACAGGCUCAGAAAAUCACAGCAUUAAGAAAACUUUCAUGGACAGGUCUAUAAAGUUUUUAUUUUUAAUUUUUAUCCAUCCCUCAUUUUUAUAGUCAACUGAAGGCAGCAAACAUACAUAAUACUCCCUUCUAUUUUCUCCAGAACAACCACCCUGCAAAGUGGAUUGGGCUGAGACUGGCCCAAAGACACUCAGCUGGCUUUCAUGCCUAAAGUGAUAUUAGAAUUCAGAGUCUCCUGAUUUCUAGCCUGGUUACUAGAAAUCAAGCUAAAGCUAUUAGUCUUAAUUUCUUUGCAGUGAUAUUUAAAUACUUCCAAGUAAAAUGGAGUUAAUAAUUUGUACUUCUACCCAAUCCCUGAAAAAGUAGUCCCUCUUCAGUUUCUUUGCCUCUAAUUUUCUAAUUUGCAGUGAAUUGUUAAAACAAAAAAUACGCUUAACAUUAAGUUUUUUGCCACUUUUUAACAUUAACAAUAAAGAGCAGUUCCAUGCCUCUCUAUAUUAGUGCUUUAGAGCUCCUGACAUGCAUAACAGAUUUUGCUAUUGUUUUUGCACCUGGCCUUAAUACACUUUUAUAAUCUACUAAAACACCUAAUUCUGAAGUGCCUACCACGACUCAUUCAGUUCUGGUGUAGAGAAAAGAACAAACCCACAAGCACAAGGCAAGCCGCUGACGGAGAACGACUAUUUCCGGUCAGUGGUGCUUCGUAAAUUCAGAGCUACGCCUAAAGAGAUUCGCCAUCUUCCGGGUCCUUUAAUUCUCCUCCCCUUUUGUUCCGCUACCUCGUUUAAUCAGCCCUCAGGGUCGAGGCGCCAUUUCCGGCAAGCGCUGGUUUCCUUUGCCGGGUCGCGCUUCCUCCUUCCUGUUCCCUCGCUGCGAGCUUUCUCAUUGGCCCUCGCGGAGCUGGGCAGGGCGGCCCAAGUGAUUCUGUGCUGUGGGGCGAGCGAGCAGACGAGCAAAUGAAUGGUGUCAGCCACGGGCUUUUGCGGCGUUUGCUGAGCACUUUGAAGGUCUUUCCCGUGUUAAGGCGUCCGGCCAAGCAGCGGCUGACUUGGUGGUUGUCCACCGUCACCAUGGAGCGGGCGGUGGUGCGUUGCGUGCCGGCGGAACCUAAGCUCAGCGUUUCCAUCGUGCUGCAAGACGGUAAGACCCGGCAUGUGCACCGAGACCAAACGGAGCCGUUGGGCCAGGCGCUGGCUCGCAUCGCCAACAACGUCAGCAAAGGCCAUGCCAAGAAGGCCAAGAAGAGCAAGAAAGCGCAGUCCGAGCCCGAACCCGGGACGCCUUCUGAGCUCGUCCCCGUUCGCCUUUUCUCCCAGGACGGGGAAGCCGUGGCCGAGGACGUGCCCAACGAGGAGGCCUGGAAAGACGGGUCGGUGCUGCAAAUAGGCGAGACCCGCUACCGCGUGGAGCGCAAUCCGCCCACGCUGACCGAGGUGCAGCUCCCGCGCUCUCUCAUGGCCGGCUUCCCCGUGUGCCCCAAGCUCCAAGUCGAGUUCGGCUCCGCCCGGGACUGCCUCUUCCGUUGGUAUUACGAGCAGAAGAUCGAGCCGGCUGAGACAUCGUCGGCCGCCGCGAGCAACAGCUGGGUGGAAGACCCGGCCGGCUCCGAGCGCGUCUUCAUGCCGACCAACGCGCAGAUUGGACGCCGCCUGAAACUCGUGUGCAUCCCGGGCAACGGCGAGCAGCGCUACGGGCUGCCCCGCGAGGCGGAAAGUGUAGGCCCCGUGGAGGCUGGCCCGGGCGCUUGCACUUUCGAAGCGCGGCAUCUCUACACCAAGAAAAUCGCGGCUCCGGGACUGAUCCGCGUGGUUUCCUAUAACAUCCUGGCCGACAUCUACGCCAGGACUGAGCUCUCGCGGACCGUCCUUUAUCCGUAUUGUGCUCCCUAUUCGCUGGAGCUCGACUACCGGCAAAACCUGCUCAAAAAAGAACUGGCUGGCUACAACGCCGACAUCAUUUGCCUGCAGGAGGUAGACAAGUCGGUCUUUGUGGAUAGCCUGGGUCCUGCCCUUGACGCCUUCGGCCUGGAGGGGCUGUUCCGGAUCAAAGAGAGGCAGCACGAAGGCCUGGCCACUUUCUACCGAAGGGACAAAUUCCGUCUCCUUAGUCAGCACGACAUUGCCUUCAACCAGGCUCUGCUUGAAGAUCCCUUGCAGAGAGAACUGCGGGACAAGGUGGCGACCUGCCCGCAGGUCGAGGAAAGCCUGCUUAAGCGAUCCUCAGCUCUACAGGUUUCUGUCCUUCAGUCUCAAAAUGAUUCUUCAAGAAAGAUUUGCGUAGCCAACACUCACUUGUUUUGGCACCCAAAAGGUGAAAAUAUCCGUCUAAUCCAAGUUGCAAUAGCAUUAUCCCAUAUUAAGCAUGUGAUCAAUGACGUGUAUCCUGCUACACCUCUCAUCCUCUGUGGGGAUUUUAAUGCCACACCAUCAACUGGAACAUAUACUUUUGUCAAUAGCGGUAGUAUUACUGAAGAUCAUGAGAGCUGGGAUUCAGAAGUUAAAGAGCAACGGUUUGCUAUGUCUCUAAUCCACCAGUUUUGUCUUAAAAGUGCUUGUGGAGAACCAGCCUACACUAAUUAUGUUGGAGGCUUUCAUGGAUGUUUGGACUAUAUUUUCAUUGAUGCAAAUGUUUUGGAGGUUGAACAGGUAAUUCCACUGCCAAGCCAUGAAGAAGUAACCACCCACCAGGCCUUACCAAGUGUUUCACACCCAUCAGAUCAUAUAGCACUAAUAUGUGAUAUAAAGUGGAAAUGAUCUGAUUGUUUUCUGAAAUGUGUGCUACUUGUGAAAAAUUCAGUUGGAAUGCUUCUUUGAUCACAAUUAUAUCUCAUUUAUAAUUCUUUAUAAGUGGUCAUACUUUUUAUAACAGCGUUCUUAUGUACCAGUGCUAUAUUUUUCUUUUACUAAUGAACAAAAUACAUUUUGAAACUAUGACUGUCCCUUUUCAUUUUCAUAUGACUUUUAAAAUAAGGAAAGAACUGGUUUGUUUAAACUGAUAUUUGCCAAUCAGUCACUAUUGACAUGUGAAAGAAUAGCCACUAUGUUGUCUUCAUAAGACUAUUAAAGAUUCAAAAAAAUAUUCUGAGAGUUCCCACUAUUGGGGGAAAAGAUCUUACAUAAACCAAGAUAAUUUGGGUUUAAAUAAUAGUAAU